CCGCUCCCCUCCCUCUGUCCGCCUGCGCUGUCGCCGAGCUGAAGACUGAAGACGCCCUUAGCAACAACGCGCAGCCCCGUCGAAUAAGAUACUCUCUCCAGUCCAGCCGCGGAGCAUUAGUCCUCUUCCUUCAGCGGAAGCCAUCGGCGGGAAGGACUUCAGCAGACAUGAAACUUUUCCACAGCUACUAGCCUCUUUUGCGGCUAGCCGUUCCUGAAGACAAACGAGGUUGUCCCGGUGUAGAACAAAUCAAGUGGGAUCAUCAUCGACGGGUGGGAUCGCUCCUGGUGUCUGCAAAGCCAGCAAACUGGGACGGGAAUGGUGCUCUGGGUCGACUCAUUGUUUUGUCAGAGAAAGGCGAGGGGCACGCGGGUCAGACCGUCAAACUGUAAUAUUUGGACUAGUUUCAACUGGAGGAGCGACUCCGGUCCGCACGAGCGUUUUUUCGGCUGUGCAAGCUAGCUGGCUAGCUGUCUGAGGAAAACGACCCCCACCGCGCGUCGAGGAUCCUCGGAGUGAUUCUGCUGUGUCCACCGAACAAAGAUGAAAUGCUCUCAAACCAGCUAGUAAUUUAGUAAUACUCAAAAAGGACGAAAACGUAAGGCUUUUCAAAAUAAAAAGCUUUGGACACUUUUUUUAAAUAAAGUUUUUUAAAUGUUUUGCUUAGUUGGCAUGGCGACCACAGUUUGAACUUUUUACUACUUUUCUAUUUUGGAUUUUGUUCUCUUCAACUUCGGAUGCUGGCAUCACAUAGUAUCUGCAAUCAUGAUGAUAAUAAGCAGAAAACCAGAGGGCCCAAUGUCAACAGCACGCCACGGCGACGGCCUGUAUGACUCCUACAUGAGGACAGACCACAUCCUGAAAAACGAUGCAGAUACACAAAGUCCACCUGGGGUGGCCACGAUGCCCAAGCACACGGCAGAUUUGCCCCGCAGCUCAGCAUUCUCAAUAUUCCCCGUUUGCAGCACGACUUUUUCAACAACAGCUGCAUGAACCUGGGUCAUUGACGGGGCCGAGUCAUAAUAAUGUCUAUCCAGUUCCAUGUAUGGAAGGGAACACCUGCUUUGGACCUGGACUUUCUUCCUCCAUUGUUUGGUUGAUGGUGCUGACCGAAGACCUGCUUGGCUUCCGAGCCCAAAACCUCCAAGAAGUGUCGUAAAACUUUCCACCACAGCAGCUCUUCAGCGUUCGAACAGGACUUGUUUACAGACAAAUGCCCGCCGACCAGAUUUGUUUUAUUGUGUAACUUGGCGCUGGAAUGCGGCGCAGAGCUAAUUUAAAGUAUGUCUUUUACAGCCGCAGUGCUGCUAUAACUCACUAGUUUAAUCUAACUUGAACGGCUGCCAUUCCUCUUGUGGAACUUUCUAGGUCAUCAGAUAGAAACAGAGACACGAUUCUUCAAUUUCAAAUAGAAGCUUUUUACCCACAAAUUUUUAGAGGGGGAAAAAACAGAACCACCUUUUUUAAGACGAGUUCUUUAUGGACAAAACUGAAUUAAAUAAGUUCUAAUAUGGGAAGCUAUCACUGGCCUUCAAAACCAAACGGAAAUAUGCAAACCGUGACGUAAUGAGCCAGGUCUGCAGAGCACACAAAGUUCUGUCUGCUAGAAACCAGUGGGCGGAGAUAAGAGUUUGCAUGUUUCUCAAUGUACCUGGCUUUGUUAUUCACACAGGUCUGCAGCCAAACCGGAUCUAGAUCCAGUUGUGCCAGUUCACGCGUCCCAACUCUUCCUUUUUGAGCAGCCUGAAACACCCGUGUUUGUUGAUGUUUAGGCUUGUGUCAAACAGAAAGGUUAUCUGGUUGUGGGGAACAGGACUAUAAUGCGGGAUCAGGUGUCCGUGAGAGGCGGUCAGCUGAAGGUCAAGUAUCUGUAUGAAGACUCUUCAAAUAACCGAAAGAUCAACGCCAUAACCACGGCGAGCACUGAGAUCACCAGCAGCACGUCCCAGACUCCCACCAAGCCUGCCCCGGUCUCAGGGUUAACCAAGGAGCUCAGCGCUGACAGCACGGACUCCAGUAAGGGUUCCAGUGAAUCUUCUGGUCCUCAAAAAGCUGCGAAUGGGGGGAACAGCGGCAGCAAGAUGUGCGGCCCGCUCACCCCCGACCAGGCUCUGAGACUGUACAGGUCUCAGCUCAGCCCCAUGGAGCUCUCUGAGAUCCACUCCUAUCCAGACGUGUACUUUGUGGGACCCAAUGCCAAGAAGAGACCGGCUGUUGCUGGAGGGAGCAACAACUGUGGGUACGAUGAUGAGCAGGGCGGCUACAUUCAUGUUCCCCAUGAUCACCUGGCUUACCGCUACGAGUUCCUGAAGAUUAUUGGUAAGGGCAGCUUUGGCCAGGUGGCUAAAGUGUACGACCACAAGCUUCAGCAACACCUGGCGCUAAAGAUGGUGCGCAACGAGAAGCGUUUCCACCGACAGGCGCAGGAGGAAAUCCGCAUCCUGGAGCAUCUGCACAAGCAGGACCGCAACGGCACAAUGAAUGUGGUUCACAUGCUGGAAAACUUCACCUUCCGGAACCACAUCUGCAUGACUUUUGAGCUGCUGAGCAUGAACUUGUAUGAGCUCAUCAAGCGCAAUAAGUUCCAGGGUUUCAGCCUGCCGCUGGUCAGGAAGUUUGCACACUCCAUCCUGCAGUGCCUGGAGGCCCUGAGCCGCCACAGAAUCAUCCACUGCGACCUGAAGCCCGAGAACAUCCUUCUCAAACAGCAGGGCCGCAGCGGCAUUAAGGUGAUCGACUUUGGCUCCAGCUGCUUUGAGCAUCAGCGGGUCUACACCUACAUCCAGUCUCGUUUUUACCGAGCCCCGGAGGUCAUCCUGGGUUCGCGGUACGGCCUUCCCAUCGACAUGUGGAGCUUCGGCUGCAUCCUGGCCGAGCUUCUGACCGGGUACCCGCUGUUUCCCGGCGAGGACGAGAGCGACCAGCUGGCCUGCGCCAUGGAGCUGUUGGGCAUGCCCCCGCUGAAGGUCCUGGAGCAGGCUAAGAGAGCCAAGAACUUCAUCAACUCCAAGGGUCACCCCCGCUACUGCGGAUACAACACGCUGCCAACCGGAGCCACCGUGCUGACGGGGUCUCGCUCACGCCGGGGCAAAAUGAGAGGCCCCCCGGCCAGCAAGGACUGGAAUGUUGCACUCAAGGGCUGCGAGGACCCCACUUUUAUUGACUUCAUAAAGAAGUGCUUGGACUGGGACCCCUUAUCUCGUCUCACCCCCAGCCAGGCUCUCAGGCACCCCUGGCUGUACCGCCGACUCCCCAAACCCUUAGCUGUGACUGAGAAAAACCAGGGGGCCCCUGUGAAACGACUUCCCGACCACCACAGCACCUCCUUCCCCUCCAUCCUGGCCAAAGGGGGGCCCGCCCUGGGCUCCACUCCUGCCAGCAACAAACUGAGGAGCAACAUGUUGGGAGACUCGGGGGAGGCCAUACCUCUGCGCACGGUCCUCCCGAAACUGGUUUCGUAGUUCAGAGAGAGUCCUUCGAUCUCCUCUGGGGGUCUGCUCUCUCCCCUCUCUGCUCCUCAGGAGGAGCCAGAGUAUCGGAGAAAGCAGCUUUUAAACCUGUUUGCUUGGGCUUUUAUUUGUUUUCUACUGCGAGGUGUCGACACUCCACUUCCUGGUUUUAACGUUUGUGAAGCAAAAGCCAGAAGGUCCGAAAAGACAAUUAAAGUUUUGUACAAAAGGCCUCCUGGAGGCCGCCGAGCUUCUGUGAGGUUUGAUUUGCGGGCCGCCGUUCAGAACCAGCGAGCGGACGGCGUUGAAGGUGGUUUUAUCUUGUGCUUGGUCACACUCCGGUGUCGUGUUUUAGCAAACACACUUAAGCACACUUGCACGGUCACUCGCCUCCUUUUGUCACUCGACACUCCCAGCUCGCCUCCACACUCUCAUGUGAAACUUGAAAAAGGGCUACAGAAAUGACCCCCAUCAUUUCAGUUUAGCAAAAGUAUUUCAUAUUUCCCUCCGGCAUAAAGGAUCCAGGAUUGGCUUUUUUUUUUUUUUCUUGCAGUGAAUAAUUAGUUUUUAUCUGAAGCUCUCUGGACGCCUGGUGCUCGGUGUGUGGCGUUUCUGUGGACGUACUUUAUGCGACGGGACGGCCGCGGCACAUCUGGUCCUCCCCUUCAGCCCUGCUUCCACUGCAGCGUGGAAAACGGAGGCUGGAGGACAGGAGCAGCACCGUUCACCACGGCGGUGCCGCCACGGCCAUCAGGACGAGACAGUGCUGUCACUCAAACGGAUCAAUGUAGAGAGAGAGGUUGUUGAGAAGGUUGUUUGAAAGUUUUACGAGCUCCGCCCCUCAGUGGGCUGCAGUUAUCGCCGGUGCUCAUCCAGAUGGAAGAAUAGGUGUUAAAAAUGAGCCAGAAUCUCUUUUUUUCCCCCUUUUUUUUGGGAGGAAUGUGAAGGGGGAGGGGUUUAUGAUAGUCGGAUAUGAAGUGUUUCUCAGGGAAGCAUACUUGAUACAUCCCUUAAACUUCCGCUCACUGUGCUGCAUGUUUUUCUCUGGCCCCGCCGCGCUGCUGUGAGGGACUGCAGUUAUCAGUUUUCUGCAGGGGGGGGGGGGCGUUGCAUGUGCCACACGGUCUGACCUAGAUUCACUCCUCCUCCUCCCCUCAGCUAUCUCUGCUUCAAAGCAGGGAGCCUCUUUGACACAUAGAAAGUGGUGCCCCCCCCCCCCCCCCCCCCCCCCCCACACACACACACACCGACACGUGCACAGAAAUGCUGGUGCACGUUGAUCUGGACCACAGAGUCCGGCCUCGGGUUCCUUCACUUUCUGCGUGAAACCAUCAGGGAUUUCUACUUCUAACGCAGGACGGCUUCCUGACGCUGUAGAAGACGUCAAAACGCAAUAACGGAGGAGGAAGUCAUCGUGUUUCGGCGGCGAGAGUCGGGGGGGGGGUGGCGUUCAGCAUGAGAUCACUACUGUGUUCAGACUUGAGACACAACGAGAAGAGAGAUUGUACAGUAACCAAAUGAAGUUGUGAUAGUUUCUUUUUCUAAAUAAAAAUAAAAAUGACUUUUAAGUGAAA